AUGGCAGACGCUUUGGAGGAGCGCACUGCGCGCCUGCUCACCGACUACCUGGAGUGCUGCGCCCGCGAGCCCGGCACCCCUGAGCCGCAGCCGUCCACGCCCGAGGCGGCUGUGCUGCGCUGUGCGGCCACGCAGCUUCAGCGGGUCCACUGGCCCUUCUUCUCCGUCUACCGCGGCUACCCCGGCAACCGCAUCGAGCUGGCGGCGCGCGUGGCGGAGGCCGUGCUCUCCGACGGCCACGACCUCAGCUGGGGCCGCGUGGUGACGCUCGUGACCUUCGCCGGGACACUUCUGGACAGAGGGCCGCCGGCGACCACCCAGCCGAUAAGGAGGAAUGAAAUCGCCCGGGACUGCCAGCGCUUGGUGGCCUUGCUGUGCGCUCGCCUCACUGGGCAGCACCGCGCCUGGCUGCAGGCUCAAGGCGGCUGGGAUGGCUUUUGUGUCUUCUACCGGACUCCCUUACCGCUGACCUUCUGGAGAAGACUGCUGGCCCGCACUUUUCUGUCCUGCUUUGUAGCUACAGCCUUACUCUUCGCCUGGACGCGCGUGUAUCGUGAGUUGUAAACUUUUCUACUUGCCCAACUGUGGCCAGUGGAGUGAUGGCUGAAGAUGUGAGAACGAGGCGAGCACCUUCCUGAGACAUGGUGGAUUCCACGAAUACAAGGAGCCCUGGGGCCGUGGUGUAGCCUGUGGUUUAACCCAUGGCAAGAACUUGGAGGUCUUAGGACAAGGACACAAAUAGUUCUUAGAGUGAAGGAAAUGGGGAUUCCAGAGGCUCACUGCUCCAGAGAAUUUCAGAACAGACUGCAUUCCAUCCAGUAGAAAAGAGGGUGCUAUUGCGGUGUGUUGGUUGGAUAAGAGGGAGCUCAAGCCUGUGGCAUUUCUCUGAUUUUAUGUGCUGCUGCUGACUGAUUUUGCAGGGCCAUGGUUCAGGGUCAAGAUGAUCUCCCAAGGCAGUCUGGGUCCCAAUUAACAAAGACUAUAACGUAAAACCUUUUAUAAGGAAUUCUUUGAAAUCGAA